AGUUGGGUCAUAACUGGGGCAGUGAGCAUGACCCAGAUACCGAUUCUUGUGCCCCGUCCACCUCAUCUGGGGGCCGGUACAUCAUGUAUCCCUCCGCGGUCUCGGGGUACGAAAAAAAUAAUCAGCUGUUUUCUCCAUGCAGCAGACAGUAUAUAUUCAAUGUCAUCAAGACAAAGGGCUACAACUGCUUUAAAGAAGCCUCAGCUACAGGUCAAGGGUUAUGUGGAAAUGGACGAGUUGAUAAAAACGAGGACUGCGAUGCCGGCUACACAGGGGACAGGUGCUGUAACGACAAAUGUCAGUUCAGGGCCAAGUAUAUGAAAUGCAGUCCUAUGAACUUUGCGUGCUGUGUGAAUUGUACCGUGGCCCCUAUAGGGUAUACCUGCCUGGACCAGGUAGAUGAUAACUUUGACUGUAAGGGGAAGUCACACUGCAGUGGUAAAGAUCUGACCUGCCCGAAUGCCGUACCUAAGACUGAUAAUACAUCAUGUCAUAAUGGAUUUGGAAAAUGUUGGAAUGGAAAAUGUUUAGAUGCUUGUCAACAAGUUAAGAAGAAUCCAUGUCUGUGCAAAGGAGAUGAUGCCUGUAAGACAUGCUGCUUCAAGCCCAACACGGAGAUUUGUGAACCAUUAUCAGAUCAAUCUGAACAAUUCCUGGAGGAUGGGAGACCAUGUUAUGAUGGCUUCUGUAAAAAGGGAAAAUGUGAGAAAUCCCAGUCAAAACUAGUACAGAGGUUAUUUUCAAUCAUCCAGUCUUUCAGCAUAGAUCAAAUAGCUUUAUUUAUGAAGAACAACAUUGUAUGGACUGUCCUGAUCCUAGCUAUACCUGUGUGGAUUUUAGGCAUUUACAUCAUAAACAAAUUUGAUGAAAAAGAGGAAAUAGAGGACCAAGCAACCAGAAAUCCCAAGCGCGAUGUGGAAUCAAGAGGAAAAGUAUUACCAACUGAAAAUAGGAAUAUAAUAACUGUAAGGAGGUCAACAUUAAAUACAGCAAAUCCAGUGGUCUAGAGUUUAUACUGAUCAGUGCAAUGUUUUACAUCAGUCUUCUUCCUUCCCAUUGGUUGAUCUUGUUAACCUUUUCUCCAUUGGUUGAUCCGUCUUCCAAUUCAAUGUCUGUGAUUGAAUGAAAACUGCAGGAAUUUACAUGACUUCAAAGUGCUCUUUUUGUUUCCUAUGCACUCUUGUUUGGUUAAGUCAUAUGUGUGUAAGAAUGGACAUUUUAUUACUCUUUAACACAGUCAUGUUGUAAAUAACUAGUUAAAAGCUCAGAUAUUUCCAAGGGAUGUUUUUAUUCAAUGAUCUACAAAUUAAAAAAGUGAAAUUUCUGUAAUAAAAGAAGAUAUUAAAUGGAUGUAAAUGUACAGAUCAAAAAAUUCUCAUGAAAUGUCCAUCAAUAUAGAUUUGUAGAUUGAUAUUGGAUUUACUUGUUUACAAAAUUUCACCAGAUUUGUAGUUUCAAAACAACACAAAUGUCAUGUGAUUCUAUAUACAUGCACUCAUUGCUAAGAAUCCUGAAAAUUUUCAAAUUGCAGUAUUGCAUAAUCCUAGGUUUUGAUUAUAUAAAUGAAUAUGAGAG